UUAGGUGGGAGCGAGGCCAGUCUCGCAGUCUUUGCUAAGGCAACAGUCUGGCGUAUAGCAACAGAAGCCCAUCAUCAGAUAACAACGGGGCGGCUGUGAGAGCAACGGGUCGCACUUCAGUCUUUUUGUAAGGUGGUCCACCACCACAACCGUUUAAACAGCUCACACCAAACACACAGAGUGCAGGAGGAUGGCGGUGAAUGUUUACUCCACCUCAAUGACCAUUGAGAACCUGAGUCGUCAUGACAUGCUGGCAUGGGUCAACGACUCUCUGCAGCUCGCAUACACAAAGAUCGAGCAGCUCUGUUCGGGUGGUGCUUACUGUCAGUUAAUGGACAUGCUGUUUCCAGGGUGCAUAUUAAUGAAGAAAGUGAAAUUCAAUGCUAAACUGGAGCAUGAAUACAUCCACAAUUUCAAGGUCUUACAGGCUUCAUUCAAAAGAAUGAAUGUGGACAAGAUCAUUCCUGUGGAGAGGCUGGUGAAGGGCAAGUUCCAGGACAACUUUGAGUUCCUUCAGUGGUUUAAGAAGUUUUUUGAUGCCAACUAUGACGGGAAAGAUUACGACCCUGUGAUGUCACGGCAGGGCCAUGAGGGAACACCGCCUCCACCCAACCCAGGCCACAUGAGAACAUCUCCCACAGCACCAAAGAGUGUUCCUCCCCCCCAGAGGCAGACCAACACAGCACCAGCCCGCAGGCCAACUCCCGUGAGCCGCAAUGGAGGAGACGCUGAGCUUCUAGAGCUCAACCAGCAGCUGCUAGAUCUGAAGCUGACUGUAGACGGACUGGAGAAGGAGAGGGACUUCUACUUUGGAAAGCUGAGAGAUAUUGAGCUUCUCUGCCAGGAAAGCGAAAGUGACAGCCAAGUCAUCAGCAAAAUCCUGGAUGUACUGUACGCUACAGAGUCCCAGAUGGGUCGGAAAAUCAAACAGCGUUGUGUCUGGAUUCAUAACAUCAUCCGGAGGAGCAAACGGCUCGGAGAAUUUUACUGCCUGCUCCAGGAAGUAAAGUUACGUCUGGAUGACUGCCGCUUCCAGCGCCUCUUGAGGACGGAUUUGCACCGCCAGACGACGAUGAAAUUGAGGAAGGGGCAGAGCGAGACCAGGAGGAGUUCUGAACUGUUCUUCCUCUCUUCAUCAUCCUCCCCCCACCUCUCACCCUUUAACCUACCUGAUAAUUAUUGUCAUAAUCCCCCUCUUUUUCCCCUUUUUAAUUUAAUUAUUUCCCUUACUUCUCCCAUCUUGUCUGCGACUGUCCUGUUCCAUGUUGACUUUGUUGCACAGCCUGGCUUCCCAAACUCUUACGAAGGACACUUAACCCAGACCUGUCUGGACUAGGGCCCAGCAGCCUGGCGUGGCUCACUCGACUUUCUCUGACCAGUUACCAAAGGGGACAGCUGCACUGCAGGGCUGGUUUAGCCUGCUAAAAAUGUUUAGGUUAAUAACAAUGAGAUAAAUCACAGCCUGAAGCCAACAGCGCUAUCUGUUUUGAUAAACGGAAGGUCACUUUCUCUCACCAUGCACUUUGAUUGGUGACUGCACACAGAUGCUCACAUUCACCAGGGUUCUCUGAAGAGUUUAUAUAUGAAACCAAAAUGUUUUCCCCACAAUGUGACUAAAUUGUACGAGGUGAGAUUAUAAAUGGUGUCAAGUCCCAUAGGAGAAGGGCCUGCACAUAUAUUUUGAUCUUAUUGCAUACGAUGACACGUGAACGUACAUUUUGCCCCCCUAUAUCACAGACUUUGAACUGCUCACAUGUACAAGCAUAAAGAAGUCAUCAUUCCCGAGUUGAAAAUAUCACAGUCUGCUUUUAGUCAUGAAGGUGUCCCACCACAGAGGGUUUGCCCAUGGCUGUUUUGACAGCUUGUUUAAGAGACAGCAUGAUGUAUUUAUGUUUCUAUUUAUUUAUCUUUUUUUUUUUUUAAUCUGCAACGGUUUUUAAGUGGUUUUGGAUUUCUUGCACUAAAUGUAGCAAAACAAACCGACUGAAGUGAUCCAAAAUGCAGACAUGCAGUGAAGAUACAGAAAGAUGCAAUUUUAUAUUUUGUAGAUUUGUUUUAAAGAGGUUUGUUUUUUAUUUGCAUUGAAUUCCUCAGCGGUGUCAGUGUAAGAGUUAUUUAUCAGGCUUUGAAUUCUAUGAAUGAACAAAUGUUAAAAACCAAUAAAUAAAAAAAAAAA